AUGGAAUCCAUUUGGAAAACCAUUGCUGCGGAGUUGGCGGAACUGGGUCCAGCAAAAUCAGUUGAACAAUGGAAAACGCAGUACCUACCACAUCACUCAUCACCACCACCUACACAAUCAACAUCACGAACUCGGUCUUCCCGUAAAAGAUCAGCCAAAGAUCUGGGACAAAUCUAUGAGGCCUGCUCGGGUUCUAGUACUGCUGCUCUCACAGCUAUAGCAAAACAUCUGGAGAGCCGUAAUGCUAUAGAAGAAAAGCGGAACCUAAUAGAGUCAGAGCGUAACAUUAUAUUAAAAGAGAGAAAUAGACUUCUUGAGUCGUAA